UCGCAGUCAGUUCCUCUUGCCAUGAAGAGAGUUGCUCUUCUUUUCCUGGUAGUGAUCUGUGGCAUGGGAGGAUUGGGACAAAAGCUGAAACCAAAGAAAAGAAGCAAUGGUGAAGAAAUCAAUUUUCGGACUAAAAACAAAGACGUCUGCACAAUGAGCAUAAGUGGGGAUGAAGAGAUGAAAGCAAGAAUUGAAUGCAAAGGCCAAGGCAAGUCCUACUGGUGUGAAUACACCGGUGUGCCAUUGCUCUGUAGUCCUUUCCGAAACAAUCCAAAAAUGUAUUGGAAUCAGAUCGCCAUGGAACUCAGAAAGCUCCCUAAUGCCUGCGAAUCUACACAAAUGUUGAAGGCCAGCAUGUGCCAAAAGGCUCCUGUGGAUGCUCUCAUGAAGCAAGUAGCUGCUGGCGUGGGGCCAGAAGAUGUAGCGAAUCGGGACAAAUCAUCCCAGAAAACUUCAGCUUCUGGGAGAGGAGCUGGGAAGAGCUCUGUUAAGAAAAUAGGGAAACCUGCAAUGUUACCUCGUACGAAACCAACCCAGCCUGGUCAAGGUUCUGAAAAUGAAACCGAAGCAAUGAAACUGGCACGGGAACAUUGCUGGGAAUCCCUGCAUGAGUUCUGUUCCUACAUUAUUGGCUUCUUUAGAGGUUAAGGAUUUACUUCAGUUUUUUCACAACUGAAGAAGGGUCCCUGCUGUAGUUUAACAACUCAGACUUAAGAAUUUGGGUUUAAACACGAGUCAUCUCUAUAAAAGUUGUAGCUAUUUUCUCUUUGCACUCCUAAAAUGAAACUUUUCAACAGCCCUGAAAGAAGCAAGACUCAGAGUAACUGUACUUGGAUAUGAUGAUGAACUGACUCCUGCGUGUACUGCAUUACGUAACUGAGGUUCCAAUUCUGCUGGUUUUGAAUAGAGCUUUGUGUGUGCUGAGCUGCUUUGCUGUGCUAGAGAUGAGAGCUGUACAUGAUGCUAAAGUUAAGGCAAACAAUAAAAUUGAGGA